GUCAGACGACAGUUGAGUUGGUUGCGCGAUAGGUAGGGUGUGUGGUGUAUGGUUGGUUGUCGGGUGCCUGGAUAUAUUGCUUGUGUUUUGAUCGUGAGUCCUGAGUUAAUUAUUGUCGAAACAUUUAGUGAAGGUGUAAAUAGUGGCUGAAACUCUGCAGUUAUCCGUUGUUUGUGAGCAGGAAUUCUUGCGAAAGAAUUGACGGGAGUGUAGGGGUCGCGUCCACCCUGCAGCGUCCUCUUGGUCUCUGGCGCCAAUACAAAGGAUUAUCCGAUCCUUAGAGCCUGCGAUUAUGUGGCAAUUUAAGUAGAAUGAAACUUGAAAAAGCCAAAUUUCGUUAGCGUGCCGUUGUUGUAAGCAAAAGUAAACAAGCUCCGUCUAAAUCUGCUAAUUAGAGGUGAAUUGGCUUAUCAGUCUGUGCGAAUAAAGAUUCCUACCCCAUCGCUGUUUUCCUCCGUUGUUUAUACAAAGUUGGAUUAAAAAUAACCGGAAAAGUAUAGAUGUCGUGAGCAUCCCAGUGAGGGUUUGCUUGGAGCUGGAUCGCUUCGCGUAUUUUUGUAUUGAAAUAGGUUGCUGGCGCAAUUGGCAGUGACGUGAGAAAUCUGCGGGAGUGAAGGAAGUCUGUUGGUGCGGUCAUUUAAUCUAAAGUACUUGUGAUUAGCGCCGUUCGUUGUGUUCAGUGAAUUGGCAAAUUGUCGGAACGACGAACGGAUUGUCACAAAAUUAUGGGGAAGCUGCUAAGUUUGUUGGCCCGUGAUGACUCAAACUGUUGCACACCAAAAACUUACGAUGUAUUUUUGGAUUUUGAAAAUGCUGCACCUACCGAAACAGAGAGGGAAGUUUAUGACGAAGUGGAGCGUGUCCUGAAAGAGUCGGAUGUGGUUUUGGACGAAAUCCAGUGCUACAAGGGUGCCGGCAAGGAAAUACGAGAAGCAAUUGCAGAUCCUUCACCGCAAUGCCAGGAAAAAGCAUGGAAUGCAGUAUUACCAUUAGUAGUGAAGUUAAAAAGAUGCUAUGAACAUUCGUUGGAAUUGGAGAAAAUUGUACCCAAAUUAUUGGGCCAACUUGUUGGGGGUAAAUUAAAUCCAACGCAGCAUUUGGAAACUCAACAGGCUCUAGUCAAACAACUUGCAGAAAUAUUGGAAUUCGUCCUGAAAUUUGAUGAAUAUAAGAUGAAGACACCUGCCAUACAGAAUGAUUUUAGUUAUUAUCGGAGAAUAGUGAGCAGGCAGCGAAUUGAUAACACUAGCCAAAUGCUUGUAACAACUGAAUUAGCUAAUCGUAUGUCGUUGUUUUACGCACACGCGACGCCCAUGCUGAAGGUACUCAGCGAAGCAACAUCAAAAUUUGUUCAUGAUAAUGCGGACGAUGUAGAAAAUACAACAGAAACGCUGGGAACGAUGGCAAAAGUUUGUCUGCGAAUGCUGGAGAAUCCAAAGUUAUUAUCACAAAUAGAACGGGAAGAAACACAUUUGCUGGUACUGAGAGUAAUGGUCGGAUUAGUAAUACUCUACGAUCACGUACAUCCGAUAGGUGCGUUUGCGCGGGGUGCUCAUGUUGAUGUGAAAGGAUGUGUUCGAUUAUUGCAAGCACAACCAGCUAUAAAAGCUGAACCACUCCUAAAUGCUCUUCGCUAUACUACUAAACACCUAAACGAAGAGAAUACACCAAAAAACAUUCGAAACCUUUUAGCAGCAUAAUAUAGUAACUUUAGAAUCUAGCAAUUUAUUUCAAUGUUAUGUCUACAUUUUAUAUCUUAAUAUAAAAGCAUCUUAUAAUUAGUGUUAAUGAAAUUGAUUGUUUUGAUCAACAUAUUUUUUCAUUAAGAAGCUCUUAUGAUAUCUCUUCCUUAAUCUCUUGUAUUGUUUGUUGUUCUACUGGAGAUAUGGCAGUUACCAUUCCUUACAAAAUACGCAUAAUAUUGAAAUUAUGUUGGAAAACUGUCCGAUCGAAUUUUGUGUACUCCACAUUCAUAUUUUUUGUAACUUGCUAAUCCCUUUGAACCCGGAAAUAUACCUUCAAGUCCCUGUUUUAAUGAUCUGCAAAUUAUUUUGCAUUAGUGUCGCGGAAAAGUUGAGUAAUGUGCCCAAUUGAAAAAAACAAUUACAGCCCACAAAAGUUCUAGUUUCAAUAUUCUGUAGAAUGUUUUGUUUGUAUUCCUUAAUUUGUUGAAUAACUAAACUGAGGUAUAAACCUAGCAUUGAGUAAUCGGAAUACAUUUAAUAAUACUUCAAGAAUAUAGAUAACUUGGUAGAACUGAGGAAAGUGAAAUAUAAGAGUGCUGCCAGUGGUCAUGAAAAUCUUAAAGAAAAGAAAUAUAUUGCGUGUAAAAAUUGUUGGUUUUUGUAUUUUGGAAAGUAGCAAUAAACUCAACGCAAGAAGAGAAUAAAUCCCCAGAAGAAACUGACGUAUGUGGAUUCAUCAUGCUAAAAGGAAAAUUGAGAAGUAAGCAAGGAAACUAAACAGAAGACCACAGCAAUGAGUGGUGUUAGAGUUUACAUAAAUCUGGAAAAAGAAUGAAAAGUGUCAUAAUAUAUAGAUUUCUCAUUUACGUGAUAAUGUUCUAGCUUAUUUUACCGCUUGUUAUCUUAUCACGAAAUGUGCAAGGUAAGACUGUAUGGUUAAUGAUAAGAUAAUAUAUAUUGACAAAUGUAAGCAUUACUUUUCUAGACUACUUUAAAUUUCCCUGAUAUAUGCGAGCGUUACGAUUGCACACAACACUAUGAAAUUUAUCUUUUUGGCUAAUGAAUAUCUGUUAUCUUUCAAUUUGACGAUGGCGGCCACCUCAGAAAAAAAUGUAUUUCAUGUAAACGGGAAGUAACUAACACCUUCCCUUUCGUGUUAAGUUCACGAAGCCAAUAGCUUCUUAUAAUACUGUCUGUAUUCAGCAGCAGUCUGUAUUUAAGCAUAUGCCGUUUAUUGAUAUUGCUGAUUUAAUAUUAUUCGUUCUAAAUUCUAUUUUCACAAGGGCCGAUGCCAGAAGUGGAAAUCCGCAUAAUGUGUCACCUGCGUCGACCUUGUAAGAGGAAUCUUAUCACGAGAGUCAGGUUGAAGUCAGAGAAAAUUGAAUGUUAGAGAUGGAAUUCAUAAUGUUGUAAAUGCUGAUUUGAGAAGGAUGAAUGAAAACAUCGUUGCAAGAAAUUUAGAGCCUAUCCGAAUAACAUUUACAAAAAGCACAAAUUAAGUAUAACGUAAUAGAUCACCAAUUUGAAUAUUAUUCAGUAAAUUCUAAUGAUGUAAAAGCGAAGUUAGUAUAAAAGUAAAGUAAACGAAAACAUUGUUUCAUUCGAAUUAUUGAAAACUAAAUUCUUUUCAUAGUUUUCUAUGUCAGUUGCUUUAAAUUUGCUAAUAUGUAUAAUAAAAGUACACUCCGAAUAAACCAAUCAUACCAUAAUGUGUUCGUCAAUAAACAAAACAUCGUUCAUUUAGAAGUAAAUUGUUUCAGAGUUUUUUCGAGAGAAGCGAAUUCGGGAAUUAUAAAGUAAAUUGAGUGAAUAAAAAAGUAUACACAUGGAGCCUUCAAAGUAUUUAGUGAAAUUUUUUAAAAUUGUUGCAUUUUUAGAGUAACAUUAUUGAAUCUUGAGGAAACUACUAAAUAUUGAUGAAUAUAUAUCUAUGAAUUAUGUGAGACUCACUUGCUAUCUGAUUAAGGUAUUAUUUUUUGGCGCAUUUGUGUACCUUUGUCUACCUUUUUUUAAUUAUCAGGCAUGUUAUAAUUUUGAAGGAAGGUUCUAUAGGAAGUUUAUGUUGCUGAAAUACUCUUGCAACAAAUUAGAAAUACUAAAUCUUAAUUUUUCAAGUACUUUCACCUGAAAUCUAAACAGCUUUAAGCCGGAAAAAGUCGCAAAUCAUUUAUGAAAUCAUAUCAGUUGUAAUAAGCUUGAAACACGAGGAAGAGGCAAAAAAUAGUAAUCUAUAAUUUAAGUUGCAAUCCAUUACUAAUUUGUUACCACAACGCAUACUGAAAAGUAUUUUAAAGAAUUAUGUAUGGAAAAAACAGAUGCAAAUAUGAUGAAACAAAGAAAAAUAUCAAACAUUGAAA